AUGUCGGCCUCACCACUCGCAUCCACCAAACCCAAGCAUUCCCCUUCCCCUUCGCCAGCGGCCUCGACUUCUUCAGCAGCCACCACCACCACCACCACCACUAAACCCAGUCGGUCCUCUCCCCCACUUUGUCCCUCCCCCUGUAGACUCACGCUGGGUUGCGACUGACUACGCUUUCUCACUCUGUUCGCGCUUCCUUCACGUAACCAAAGACAACGUCUUCUCCAACGACGGUUCGUUCCUGACCCGCUUCAAAAAGGUCGAUCCAUUACAGGACGCGACCGAGGAGAAGAAGCGCGUGCAGCAGCAGUUGCUCAGGUACGUCUUUGUUCUCCCUUUCACGAUGGGGGUCAUCGUGGACAGACUGAUGGAAAUACUCUGGUGGGGAUAUUUAGAAAGAAAGCCGCGGAUGAGAGGUUGUGAGUGUGCACCCGGCCCGGCCGAACGGCCCCACACACGAACGACGAACGGCUUCCUCAUCCUGACCCCCUCUUGAGAGCCCCACAGUAAGAACCGAGGCAAACGACCCUUGACGACCCCAACACCCACAACAACCAACUCCACCACCGACCCAUCUACCCACGACACCUCGUCGACCAAGAAACCGAGGACCUCAUCCGCCGCGGACGAACAAGAUCGGUCAGAGUAUCAGAAAGAGGUCGAUCGGCUCAAGAGGGCGGGCGGGUUGAGGGAUGAAGGGUAUGCGGUUAGGCCGGUGUUGAAAUGA